CAUAAAUAGAUCUCUCUCUCUCUCUCUCUCUCUCUCUCUAACCAGGUAGCUCUAAUUCGAAUACGACGGCGACGGCGACAGCUCAAAGGACUCCAACCUACACGCUAUUUAUCCAAUUAUCUUGCUGUCCUCACAUUUCUUUGAUUGAAUAUUUCCCAGAUUGAUUGAGGCAAGAAGAAGAAGAAAGAGUUUGUUCCAUCUCAUCUCAAUUCUCAGAUGGGGUUUGAGAACGAAGCUAGCUCCUCCUCUUAUACCCUUAAAAUACCACCGCCGGCUAGAGAGGACACGCCUCUUCUUGGCAAGGGACCUCCCCUGUCCAGCCAAUUCAAGACCUUCGCCAACGUCUUCAUCGCUGUCGUCGGCGCUGGUGUUCUUGGUCUUCCUUACGCCUUCAAGCGAACCGGAUGGCUCAUGGGCGUCCUCCUUCUCGUCUCCGUCUCCGUUUUGACCCAUCACUGCAUGAUGCUCCUUGUCCAUACCCGCCGCAAGCUCGACUCUUUCAAUGGCGUCUCCAAGUCCUCCUCCUCCAAGAUCGGCUCUUUUGGUGACCUUGGAUUUGCCGUCUGCGGCUCCUUCGGCAGGAUCGUCGUUGACUUAUUUAUCAUCUUAUCUCAAGCUGGUUUUUGUGUCGGUUAUCUCAUCUUCAUCGGCACUACUUUAGCCAAUCUGUUCGAUCCUGAUUCCCCCACCAGUCUCAGGCAUCAGAUUACUAGGCUGGGUUCUGAUUUCUUUGGCGUCUCCUCCAAGAGUCUCUACAUUUGGGGAUGCUUCCCCUUUCAGCUGGGUUUGAAUUCCAUUAAGACCCUCACUCACUUGGCCCCUCUUAGCAUUUUCGCCGACGUUGUUGAUCUUGCCGCUAUGGGUGUUGUCAUUGUUGAGGAUUCCAUGAUUAUACUCAAGCAAAGGCCUGACGUGGUUGCCUUUGGCGGUAUGUCUCUCUUCUUGUAUGGGAUGGGCGUCGCUGUCUAUUCUUUCGAAGGUGUUGGAAUGGUCUUGCCCCUUGAAUCCGAGAUGAAGGACAAGGACAAGUUUGGCAAAGUCUUGGCACUCGGCAUGGGAUUCAUCUCUCUCAUUUACAUUGCCUUCGGUUUCCUAGGCUACUUGGCUUUUGGUGAAGACACCAUGGACAUUAUCACGUCAAACUUGGGUGCAGGACUUAUUAGCACUGUUGUUCAGCUUGGAUUGUGCGUCAACCUCUUCUUCACCUUCCCCUUGAUGAUGAAUCCAGUCUUUGAGAUAGUGGAGAGGCGUUUCUCUCGUGGGAUGUACUCUGCCUGGCUGAGAUGGCUACUCGUCUUGGUAGUGACUCUUGUGGCUCUCUUUGUGCCAAACUUUACUGAUUUUUUGUCCUUGGUCGGCAGCAGCACUUGCUGUGUGUUAGGGUUUGUGUUGCCUGCCUUGUUCCAUUUAUUGGUCUUCAAGGAAGAGAUGGGGUGGAUGCAAUGGAGUUCCGACACAGCGAUUGUGGGACUCGGUGUGGCUCUUGCUGUGUCUGGAACUUGGAGUUCCCUCAAUGAGAUCUUCUCAGUCAAAGUGUAAGCGUGAGAGGAUUGGAGAGAGUUUUCUACAUACUUGUGUCCAAUAAAUGUGUAAGUGUGCCAUUAUGUACUGUAUAUGGGAUUUGUGGUUUUAAAAAGUAUUGUGAUUGUAUUUGUAUUCUGUCUGAUGCUUGGAAUAAUAGAGAUGAGCUCUUCUGUUUUGUGUU